AAUUUAAUACAACCAAUGAGAAGUUGUUUAAAACAUGCUCUUAACAAAUGUUCAGUGACGAUAGAAACAUUUGUGAAAUUAUUAUCUGCCUACUCUACUGUAUCCCCUUCAGAAAAAAUUAAUAUUUUUGGUGAUGUUAUGCUUGAAGAAUUGAAAACAACUUUGAGAGGUUCAAGAAUUAGAAUGAAUAGAGAUACUUUGAUAAUUAUAUUACAGCUCGUGUUAUGGGAUCUACAACCUUCGGUUAGACCAUUAUUUCGUAGUAUAGAAGAAAAAAUUUAUGAUUCAUCAACCACUUCACCAUCAAUUAAAAAAAAUAAAAGAAAUAAUCCAAUCUCUUCGACGUUUUCACAACAAGAAAGAUUACCAUCAACAACUCGACCUUCAUAUUUUAUAAAUGUUUCCGAUAAUUUAUUUGAUGAUUUUGUAAGUUUCUUGGAAAAUCCUCCUAUCACUAAACAAUAUUCAAAGAAAGAAUUUAAAGUUGGAGUUUGUUUAAGUCAAUUGGUUGUUUCCAUGUGUAACCAAAAGUAUGAUUUGUUAAAGAAAAUAUUCUUAUCACCGAAGCCAACAGAUUCUCGUCGUACGAUUCGUCUUCUAAAUUGGAUUUUAUUAGGAAUUUCAACAACAACAGAUACUUCAACUGAAUUAAUAACAUCAAGUUUUGAUUUUCAAGAUGAAAUAAUGGAUCUCCUUUCCGACUCAUUAAAACAUCCAUUUAAUGAAGUGGUCGCGGGAGAUUUAAAUUAUUUAUAUACUCCAUCAGGAGAAUUAGCUUAUCUAUCAUUCAUUUUGGUUAAGAUUUGGACCAUUUUAUAUGAUCAUAAAAUUACGGAAAGGAGAUUUUGGAAUUCUAUAUGGCCAAGCAUAAAAAAACAAUUGUUUGGAAGUAUUGUUGAAAGAGAUGUUCAGCCAAAUGGGAUAGCUUAUUGGGAAAUGUUUAUGGAUUUAAUCACAUUUUUACAUUUAAAUGGAUCUGAUAUAGUAUGGUUAUAUUCACAAGAAUGGUGUACAAUUUUGGAUAGUCUCAUACAUGAAGAGGAAUCAACUAUACCCACAAAUUCAUCAAUGGAAUUUCUUCAUAAAGUUCAAAAAGCAAGAUCAAUGUUUGAUAAUCCACCUUUAAAAGUGCAAAAUGAUAUGUUAAUUGCUCAAUUGUAUUUGGAAAUGAGAGAAGCAAUGAGAAUUUAUUGUGAAAUUAGUAGUAGUGGUGUUGAGUCAUUUAACGAAAGAAGACUUUAA